UUGUAAGAAGAACAUUCUUAUUACAAUUCCAUGUCAAAUCGAAAUGUCGCUUGAAUGUGUGGGUUCAACCCGAUGCUAGUCAUUCGACCUGAUACGUACCUUCGCUCACCAUGGAGCAUCGGCCACUGCGUCAACAGCACACGCGCUACGGCAGCGUCCCUGAGUCUGCCGCCGCCAGCGCCAAAGCUGCUUUCGAGUCUAAACAGUUCGAUGUCUUCGGGAAUGCCCACGAUAUCGAGCGCAUCAGUCGUCACUUGGAUAAUGGAAACCUCGGUGCUGCCAUCGACUCGUUCAUGGCGUUGGUAUCGAUCGUCUUCGCUGGCAUGUACAUUGCCAAUACUUACAUCCCAUAUAACAGCCUGCCACACACGAUUUGGGUGGUCGAGUUGAUCUGCGCCUCGAUCUUUGCAGUUGACUUCGCCUUUCGAGGCGUCUAUCUUUCUGCUAACCGACGUCGGGACUAUCUCCUGUCGCUAACGACGCUCAUCUAUCUCGCAAACAUUCUACCAGUACUCCCGGCCUCGUUCUUCAUCCGCUACCAUACGUUCUGGUACGGUGAGUCCUGGUGGCGCUUCUUUUACCCCGUACGCUUCGCUAUGUGCUACAAGACGGGAUCAGCGGUGCUUAGUCGCUGCCAUGCGUACCUGAACCCAGUGCGUCAAUUCGCGCUCCUGUGCUAUCUGCAGAUUACGUGCAUCUUGCUUGGAGCUGCUGGAAUCAUUCAGAUCGCCGAGACGAUGGACGGCACGCUUUCGGUCAAGAAUCUUGGCGAAUGGACCUUUUUCAACUCGUUUUUCAACUCGGUGAUGACUUUCGUGACGAUCGACAAACCACCGUCGGAAAACGCUUUGUCCAAGAUCUUCGUGGGCGUGCUCGUCUGCAUUUUCAUCCUCGUCAUCCCGUACCAGAUCUCUAACGUUAUGGAUCUGAGUAACUCCGUCUCGCCGUACGAGGAAGCCAGCUAUAAGCCUUCAUCCCGCAGCAGACAUGUCGUGCUCUGUGGAGACCUCACUGCUUCGCGCAUCAGCCACUUCUUCCACGAGAUUUUCCACAAUGACCACGAUUUCGUUGGCGUCCACGUAAUUGUAUUGAGUGAAGAACCUCCAGCCACGUCGCUUAAGGCACUGCUGCUGGACCCUUUCUUCGCGAAGCGAGUGUGGUUUAUCCAGGGAUCGCUGCUCGAUGUUGACGACGCCAAGCGAGCAGCUUGCGACUCAGCGGAUGCCAUUUUCAUGCUGACAAACCGCGUGGGUGACGAAGAUUUUUCGGCCAGUGACCACCGCACGCUGAUGCGUGUACUCGCGGCAAAGCGUCAAGCCCCGAAGGCGCACAUUUUCGCACAGCUACACCGCUCUGUUCACUGCCAGCUUGUUCGCGACAUGGGAGUUCAAAACGUUCUUUGUCUUUCCGAGGUUACGCUGUCGUUACUGGGCCAAAACUGCAUUUGCCCCGGUUUCUCGACCUUUAUGUACAGCCUCACGUCGACUUCGAGCUUUGAUGAUGACAACGAUGAAGGGCUUGGCAGUGAUGCUAAGCGUAAAGAUCGAUCUACGGCUGUCGAUAAGGGAGAAGGCUCUUGGGUGGAUAGAUAUCUGCUUGGAGCGAGUCAUGAGGUUUAUGUGGUCGAGCUCCCACCAGCCUCUGUGGUUGCUGGUAAAACAUUCUCUGAGUUGGCGUCACUCGCCUAUUCUCACUGCAAUGGGAUAAUCGUCUUCGCUGUUACCGACGGACCCAGAGGAAAGGUGGUUCUUAACCCAGGCGACUCGUACACGUGUGUGGGUGGGGAGACAGCAUACGUGAUUGCUCAGACCCAAGCCGAUGCCAGUGCACUGACUGAAAUGUCUCCGAAUGCUUCAAUGCCGCUGGCUUGGAGAGAAAUGCAAGUGUCGUCUCCUUCCUCACUAGUGCGCAGUGAAACCGGAUCGAGUGAGGAGCUUGACGCAAGAACACCACUUAAACGACACCAAGCACGCUUCGUACAUUGGCAGUUCGGAGACUAUGAAACCUCAGAGCCUGAGAAGGAGACGGAGGGGGAAGAUCGUAUCGAUAAACCUGUCUUUAAGAAGCCCUCCAAAACAGCAAAGGACGCUGUAAUCGAUGACGUGGAGGAACUCGGCUUUGGAGUCGCUCCUAUCGUGAUCUGUGUGACUGCCGAGACAGCUUUUGCUAACGAUCUGGAGCACCUUAUCGGUCCGCUACGUGCUCGCUCACUCAAACAGUACCACCCAGUGGUGAUUCUAUCGGCAAAGUUACCCGACGACGACAUCUACGAUGGUUUUAGCCACUUCCCUGAUGUACACUUCGUCAUCGGUGACCCGUAUCGCCACAAGACCCUGAACCGAGCUGGAGUGCCUGAAGCCUAUCGCGUGCUGAUCCUGGGGACUUCGAACACUGCAUCGGAGGGAAACGCUGAGCUGCUCCAAGAUGCGGAAUCGAUCGCACUUCACAGGUUUAUCACGAGCUACAUUGGUGUGAAUAAGGCUCCAAGAGUUAUCACUGAGGUGGGGAAUCGUGCCAGUGUGCACUUUGUGGCGCAGAAUCUGUUGGCGAACGGCUGGUUUCCUGAAGCUGACGGUGAAGAUGAACUCACGAUGUUCUCGUCUACGGAGACGUUCUCGCGCAACUUCUUCCUGUCACCGGCAUUCACUUCUGGAUUAACUUACAGCACGUCGCUGUGUGAUAGUUUGCUGAUCAACCAGUUUUUCAAUGGCCGCAUCAAGAAAAUCCUGGGCGAGUUCAUGUUCACAUCCCGUGCGAGCGAGGCGUGGGCAGUUUUGCGUGGUGGUAAAUCCAAGCCGGACCUUGACUGUAGCUCGCUGUUCGCCGUCGAGGUGCCGCUCGAUUUUGUUGGACGCUCGUUCGAGUACGUUUUCCACUAUCUGCUAUCGUCGGAUGACAUUUUGGUGAUUGGGCUGUAUCGCUGCCACCCAUACAUGAAUGCUGCCAACGACACGGAGUCUAAAGCUCGAAUUGAAGUACCGGAAAAGGAUCGCAGUGUGCCAUUUGGAUACGUAUACGUGAACCCCCAGCCAUUUGAAGUCGUCACGGGCGACGACUUGCUCUACGUUCUGUCGGACAAGCAGCCCUGUUGGGCCGAAACUCAGAACGCCUAGGUUGUGCUACUGCUUGCGCUUGAUGUAUGUUGAUCCUGAUCGAACGAUAACAUUGAAACAUAUCCACCGCGUUAUAUUCACCCGCUUACGUAUGUGCACGAGCUUUUGACUACACUAAAGUGACAUGGCCACAACUAAACUAAUUACACCGUACGUGACAGAGUUCAGGCUAAGUGGAGCAGCAGAUGACGUAGGCGAUGCAGACGAGCUGGAUGAUGCUGAGGAUCCCGUUGUUUCCUGCGCAGUGCUUCCUGUCGUGCUACUGCCACUACCCGUUCCAGCCCCACUUCCUGUAAAACAUACAAAAUCACUAAGCAGCACAGCUCGAAAUGCAACACAACAUUCAACGUACCGGAGGUGGCGCUUGCCCAUUCACUAGCUACGUCAACUGGCUCACUCACAGGAGAACCUCCGGGGGUAUAC